ACUUGAGACAACUUUUCUUCUCUGUGCCUGUGUUUCCUUAUCUCUAAGAUAAGGAAAAUAAUAUACUUUCCCUAUGGGUUUCACGUGUGGACUCAUUUUUGUUGUUGUUUGUUUUGAGAUGGAGUCUUGCUCUGUCGCCCAAGCUGGAGUGCAGUGGCACGAUCUCGGCUCACUGCAACCUCUGCCUCCCAGGUUCAAGUGAUUCUCCUGCCUCAGCCUCCCGAGUAGCUGGGACUACAGGCGCACACCACCACGCCCAGCUAAUUUUUAUAUUUUUAGUAGAGACAAGGUUUCACCAUGUUGGCCAGGCUGGUCUUGAACUCCUGAUUCCAAGUGAUCCAUCCGCCUUGGCCUCCCAAAGUGCUGGGAAUACAGGCGUGAGCUACCAUGCCUGGCCUAUGUGCAGACUAAUUUAGUUUUAAAUAAAUAGGCUGAGAAACACUUGAUACAGGACUUGGCAUAGAGAGAAGUAGGCAUUCAUUUAGUAGUUAACUUUGUUAUGCUAACCAGAUGGUUCUGAAUUUCUUGGCAUUUUUAUUAAGCAUUUCCAGGAUCUCAAGACUAAUCCCUAAUCAGGACAAUUUCCACCAACAAGUUUUUCUUAUUCAUCUUCCUCUUCCUUUCAUCACUUCUUUUUCUCUUUAAAAGAGUGAGUUUCUGUAUAGUACUAAGAAUUUCCCUUAGGUAAAUAUUCAACCCAACUGUGGUUUUAAUAAGUCUCCAGGAUUAGCAAGGAAUGGGUAGUUUACUCUGCAGUUCCUUAUUCUGAUCUUCCACCCCAGUGAGGGGAAGAGGAUGUGAUCAUGCGACCGCCAGCAGAAGGGAAAUUGUGAAAGCGACCCACUGUAGAAAAGGCAGCCCACAGCCACCUCAGUAUGCAGAGGAAGCCCAGUUGCUGAGAGGAGGUGCCGGAGAGUGACCUUUGCAUCUGCCUGUCCAGCCAGCAUGGAACCAAAGCGGAUCAGAGAGGGCUACCUUGUGAAGAGGGGGAGCGUGUUCAAUACGUGGAAACCCAUGUGGGUUGUACUGUUAGAAGAUGGAAUUGAAUUCUAUAAGAAGAAAAGUGACAACAGCCCCAAAGGAAUGAUCCCGCUGAAAGGGAGCACUCUGACUAGCCCUUGUCAGGACUUUGGCAAAAGGAUGUUUGUGUUUAAGAUCACUACGACCAAACAGCAGGACCACUUCUUCCAGGCAGCCUUCCUGGAGGAGAGAGACGCCUGGGUUCGGGAUAUCAAGAAGGCCAUUAAAUGCAUUGAAGGAGGCCAGAAGUUUGCCAGGAAAUCUACCAGGAGGUCCAUUCGACUGCCAGAAACCAUUGACUUAGGUGCCUUAUAUUUGUCCAUGAAAGACACUGAAAAAGGAAUAAAAGAACUGAAUCUAGAGAAGGACAAGAAGAUUUUUAAUCACUGCUUCACAGGUAACUGCGUCAUUGAUUGGCUAGUAUCCAACCAGUCUGUUAGGAAUCGCCAGGAAGGCCUCAUGAUCGCUUCAUCACUGCUCAAUGAGGGGUAUCUGCAGCCUGCUGGAGACAUGUCCAAGAGUGCAGUGGAUGGAACUGCUGAAAACCCUUUCCUGGACAACCCUGAUGCCUUCUACUACUUUCCAGACAGUGGGUUCUUCUGUGAAGAGAAUUCCAGUGAUGACGACGUGAUUCUGAAAGAAGAAUUCAGAGGGGUCAUUAUCAAGCAGGGAUGUUUACUGAAGCAGGGGCAUAGGAGGAAAAACUGGAAAGUGAGGAAGUUCAUCCUGAGAGAAGACCCUGCCUACCUGCACUACUACGACCCUGCUGGGGCAGAAGAUCCCCUGGGAGCAAUUCACUUGAGAGGCUGUGUGGUGACUUCAGUGGAGAGCAACUCGAAUGGCAGGAAGAGUGAGGAAGAGAACCUUUUUGAGAUCAUCACAGCAGAUGAAGUGCACUAUUUCUUGCAAGCGGCCAGCCCCAAAGAGCGCACAGAGUGGAUCAAAGCCAUCCAGGUGGCCUCCCGAACUGGGAAGUAAAGACACUCCUGCAUUCCUCCUCCCCUCCUGUGGGAAGCCCAUGGACAAGCUCAGUCCAGGACCUGUCCACUUCUGUGACAAAUCAACGGGAAAGAGCCCAGGGGUGGGAAGUUUUCAUGUGCAGGGGGGCUGAAUGUAACUCACCACGUGGCGCACAAGCUUCCCUUGCAUCCUAUUGCUCACUGCAGCCCCUCCGCCCCUCUCCAUGACCCCCAAGCAGAUAGAACAAGCUGUGCAGCCUCAGUAGGCUGCUUGCCCUCUCCAGGCCUCAGGGCCUCUUCUGGAAAAUGAAGAAAUUCAACUAGGAGAUUCCUGAGGUUCCCCCAGCUUAAAAAAAAAAAAAAAAAAAGUCUCCCCUGUGAUUCUAACACUCACAGAAGUGAAAGCGUAUCUAGUUGAUCUGCUGGU